AUGGCGUUUAUUAAAGAGGAGAGUGAAGAUGUGAAGAUUGAAGAAACAAUCACAGUCAAACAGGAAGAUCUGCAGGAACAAACAGACCUGAUUGAAGAGAAUGAGGGCAGUAAAGAGGAGGAACAUCAUGUUAAAAUUGAGGAAAAAACUCAUUUACAGACUGAUGGUAUUUUGAAAAGGGGAGACAAAAAUAGUUUCACCUGCACUCAGUGUGGAAAGAGUUAUGGAAGUAAAGGCUAUCUUAAGAUUCACAUGAGGAUCCACACUGGAGAGAAACUAUUCACAUGCCCUCAGUGUGGGAAGAGUUUUGGAAGAAAAAGGGAACUUAAGAUUCACAGGAGGAUCCACACUGGAGAGAAACCAUACACAUGCACUCGGUGUGGAAAGUGUUUUAGCCAAUCAUCAAAUUUAAAUCAACACAUGAGGAUCCACACUGGAGAGAAACCAUUCACAUGCACUCAGUGUGGAAAGAGUUUCAGCCGAUCAUCACACCUUAAUGAACACAUGAUGAUUCAUACCGGAGAGAAACCAUUCACAUGCACUCAGUGUGGGAAGAGUUUUGGAAGAAAUUUCGAUCUUAAGAUUCACAUGAUGAUCCACACUGGAGAGAACCCAUUCAGAUGCACGCAUUGUGCGAAGAGUUUUAGCCAAUCAUCAUCCCUUAAUCAACACAAGAAGAUCCACACUAGAGAGAAACCCUUUACUUGCACCCAGUGUGGAAAAACCUUUAACUACUCAUCACACCUUUAUGAACACAUGCGGAUCCACACUGGAGAGAAACCAUUUACAUGCACUCAGUGUGGGAAGAAUUUCAACCAAUCAUCAAACCUUAAUCGACACAUGAGGAUCCACACUAGAGAGAAACCAUUCACAUGCACUCAGUGUGGGAAGAGUUUCAUCUGCUCAUCAUCCCUUAAUCUACACAUUAUGAGCCACACUGGAGAGAAACUUGCACUUAAGCAGCGGUCACAAUGGACUUUUUUCCCCAUGGAUUUCCAUUCAUACGCACGGGAAUGUGUCAGACCGGAAACCACGUUUGUGUGUCAAGUUUCGCAGUUCACUGCAUUGCAAAGUUCAAGCUUGGUGAACUCUGACCUGCAAAAUCGCAUCACUUGA